UUUUGAAUUUUGGUAGUGGAAAGUGUGUUGUUGAAUCGAUCAGAAUUGUUCGGAGAAGUCUCUAGUUUCGGAGAUGUCGAUGGGAAGCGACACUACUUGGGUCGGGAAGAAGCCUCUUCGACGGAUCGGAGGAAUGUCCGAUGCUCUCUCUAUCGCCUCCGAUCUUGGUUUCUCUGUCUCUCCACCUCCUACCCAGGAAGAACUUCAGAAUUUAAACACUAGCACUGGGGAAAAGGGUGAUGACUUAAUAAGGGUUUUAAGAGAACUUACCACUGUUCAAAGAAAAAUAGCAGAUCUGCAAGUGGAUCUUCAAGGGAGAAAGGAUGACAAAAAUGUGGCCCAUCUGACUCAUGUAAGCGAAAUGCAAAAGAAGUGCGAAACAUUGGCAAGGAUUACUACUAUACUGAAAGAUGUAAUUCAAAACAAGGAUCGCAUUAUAGCUCGUCUUCAACAACCAUAUUCUCUAGAUUGCAUUCCAGUGGAAGCCGAGUAUCAGAAACAAUUCUCUGAAUUUUUGAUGAAGGCUGCUAGUGAUUACGGGGCCUUGACGUCAUCCGUUGCAGAUUUCCAAUGGAGUCAGACAUUUAAGGAGCCACCUUCAGUAUGGGGGGAAAUGCUUCGUCCGAUUCCCAUUGCUUUGGCAUCAUGUACCCGGUUUUUCGAAGCAAUGUCUGCAAUGAGAGAAUCGUUUGCAACACUUCAAAAUCUAAGAGUGGGUCAUUCUGCUCCAUCCCUGCCUGCGACACCAGCCAAGGAUUUCUCCCUAAGAGUGACAGGAGAUUCGACUCCGCCUCCUUGGAGAACCGAACCGAGCUGCGAUGACUUAGCCAUCAAAAGCUCCAGAAGGCAAGAAAUCGACCAACAAAUACAAGAUGGAAGUAAUCAGCCAGGUGACUAUAAUCAGGUGGAUGGAACAAGCCAAAGGAGAUUGUCUUGGCCUCCAGUUAAAAAGAAUGUUAUUUAAGAAUACCAACUUCUAUUUUCAAUGGUGUUUGUUAUUUUAGCUUUUACGAGCCUGUAUUCCGCGCGUUGAUGCGGAGUACAAUAUUGUAUUAUAUAAUAGCUGUAUUUAAAAUAUAUUCCAUAAUAUUUAAAGU